AUGUGGAGCAUCUCAAACGUGACGGCUGCGCUGGGAACCUCCUCCAAAGCACUGAACUAUGAGAACGUGGUGGAGACCGGAUCAGACUCGGAGGAAGACGACAAGCUCCCGGUGUCCGAGGAAGACCCGCUCCUGAACGGGACUGGGAGCCCCGGAAGCCUGACCAAUCCGGAGGCCUCCCCGCGGAUCGAGAGCCACGGGAUGCUGGGUAAAGAGGACGAGGACGACGAGAUGCGAGACAGCGGCGUGGAGCACAUCUGGCCCGACAACGAUAUGCUCAGCGCGUCCGUAGAUGGCGCCGACGAGAUGAAGGACGAUUUCGACGCCUUGGGGCCCGACGGCCCUUUGCAGUCAGUUGGAAACGGUACAGUAAACAGCAUGGAUUGCACUUCAGAGUUUGAGGACUUCUUCUCCAAACGGAAGCUCCACGACAGCGAAGGCCAGGUGGACAGCAUCGCCGAAUACCUACAGAGGGGGGACACCGCCAUCAUCUACCCAGAGGCCCCCGAAGAACUGUCGCGCCUGGGGACCCCCGAAGCGGCCGGCCCGGAGGAGAACGACCUGCCACCUGGAACGCCAGAUGCUUUCGCCCAACUGUUGACCUGCCCCUACUGCGACCGCGGCUACAAGCGCCUAACAUCGCUGAAGGAGCACAUCAAGUACCGGCACGAGAAAAACGAGGAAAACUUUGCCUGUCCGCUCUGCAACUACACCUUCGCUUACCGCACGCAGCUGGAGAGGCAUAUGGCCACGCACAAGCCGGCCAGGGACCAGCACCAACUGUUAAACCAAGCAGCUGGCAACCGCAAGUUCAAAUGCACCGAGUGUGGCAAGGCGUUCAAGUACAAGCACCAUCUAAAAGAACACCUCCGGAUCCACAGCGGUGAAAAACCGUACGAAUGCCCCAACUGCAAGAAGCGCUUCUCCCACUCAGGCUCCUACAGCUCUCACAUCAGCAGCAAAAAGUGCAUCGGUUUGAUCGCUGUGAACGGACGCAUGCGGGCCAACAUGAAGACCGGCUCUUCCCCCACCUCCGCCUCCUCCUCGCCCACCAACUCGGCCAUCACCCAGCUCCGGCAAAAACUGGAAAACGGCAAACCUCUGGGCCUGCCGGAACCCAACAACCACCACUUGAGCAUCAAAACGGAGCCGCUGGACUUCAACGACUACAAGCUCAUGAUGGCGUCUCACGGGUUCGGAGCGCCUUUCAUGAACGGCGGCAUGGGCGGCAACAGUCCCAUGGGGGUCCACCACAACUCCUCGGCCCAGAGCCCCUUGCAGCAUCUGAGCAUGGCCGGCCUGGAGUCCUCACUGCUCGGCUACUCCAGUCCGCUCGCCAACAACCUGAGCGAGGUGCAGAAGGUCCUCCAGAUCGUCGACAACACGGUGUGCCGGCAGAAGAUGGACUGCAAACCGGAGGAGCUGUCCAAACUCAAAGCCUACAUGAAGGAGCUGGGGUCUCAAAUGGAGGAGCAUCAGAAGCAGGUUGCCGGACAGGUCGGACUCCCGCUGGUCAACCACAACGGCGCCACCAAAAGCAUCAUCGACUACACGUUAGAGAAGGUGAACGAAGCCAAAGCUUGCCUCCAGAGCCUCACCAAUGACUCAAAGAGACAAAUCAGCAAUAUCAAGCGGGAGAAGUCGAACCACAUGUUCGAUGGAGGCAUGGACGACAAGCAAGAGAACAUGUUUACGCCGUACGCUUGCCAGUACUGCAAAGAAGCCUUCCCCGGGCCCAUCCCCUUACACCAGCACGAGCGCUACCUGUGCAAGAUGAACGAGGAGAUAAAGGCCGUGCUGCAGCCCACGGAAAACCUAAUGGCCAACAAACAAGGUCUGUUCCUGGAAAAGAACAGUCACUUAUCCCCCUCGCUUCUGUCGGAGAAGGGCCUCCCCCCUCCUCUCAAUCCUUACAGGGACCACAUGUCUGUGCUAAAGGCAUAUUUUGCCAUGAACAUGGAGCCCAACUCAGAGGAGCUGCUUAAGAUUUCCAUAGCCGUGGGCCUUCCUCAGGAAUUUGUGAAAGAGUGGUUCGAGCAGCGGAAGAUGUACCAUUACGGCAGCACCAGGACGCCGCCGCUGGAGCACAGUCGCAACUCAGACAUGCUCAUGGGAACCAACAACCUCCACACUCCCCCUAAAGACUCUAUGGUGCCCCAGUCACCUGUAUCUCUAAUGAAAGCUACUGACCGCAUCACGUCUCCCUCCAUCGCUGAGCUCCACAACAACGUCAACAACUGUGACAACCCCCUGAGGCAUCUGAAGAACCACCAGUUUGGCGGCAGUGCCAAAUCCCGCAGCAACACGCCCUCCCCCCUGAAUCUGUCCUCCACGUCCUCCAAGCACUCUCACAGCAGCUCGUACACUCCCAACAGCUUGACUUCGGAGGACCUGCAGGCCGAGCCGCUGGACCUGUCUCUGCCCCGGCUCAUGAGGGAGCCCAAGCAUGCACUGACUGUCAAAAGCAGACCCAAAAUCAACAGUAUCUCCAUGGACCACAGCAGCAUCCCCUCGCCCCGAGAGCACUUCGAAGAGCCGUUGAAUUUGGCCUAUCUCAAAAAGGAAUUCUCCGCCGCCAACAACGGAAACUUAGAGAAAAGCACUAGUCCUAUUUUUGGCAUUAACCCUUUCGCUGCCAAGCCUUUGUACACAUCGCUCCCCCCUCAGAGCGCUUUCCCUCCAGCCACAUUCAUGCCCCCCAUGCAGGCUAGCAUCCCAGGGCUCAGGCCAUACCCAGGAAUGGAUCAGAUGGGCUUCCUACCACACAUGGCCUACACUUAUGCAGCCGGGGCAGCUACUUUUGCCGAGAUGCAGCAAAGAAGGAAGUACCAGCGGAAACCCGGGUUCCAGGGAGACCUGCUGGACGCCACGCCCGAUUACUUGUCCGGCCUGGACGACAUGACAGACCCCGACUCCUGUCUGUCGCGGAAGAAGAUAAAGAAGACUGAAAGUGGAAAGCGACCUCACCAGUGCCAGAUUUGCAAGAAGGCCUUCAAACACAAACACCAUCUGAUCGAGCACUCGCGGCUGCACUCGGGCGAGAAGCCGUACCAGUGCGACAAGUGCGGCAAGCGCUUCUCGCACUCGGGAUCAUACUCGCAGCACAUGAACCACCGCUACUCCUACUGCAAGCGGGAGGCGGAGGAGCGUGAGGCCGCCGAGCGAGAGGCCCGCGAGAAGGGAGGCGCCCACCUGGAACCCACCGAGCUUCUCAUGAGCCGGGCCUACCUACAAGGCCUGGCCCCGCAAGGGUACCCGGAACUGGGCGAGCGCGAACCAAUUUUAAGGCACGACCCGACGGUGGCGAUGGGCGGCUUGAACGGAGCUAUGACGGAAGAAAGUCGGAAGGAGGUGGUUGCGGACGGGGCUUAUGAAAAGAUGGAAGAUUUGGAGGAGGAGUUUGAGAGCAAAAGUGUGGACACGGACCCGGGAACCCCGCGGGACGAAGAGGACGAGAGCUCGCUGGACGGGAAAACGGAAACCAAAUCGCCGGAGCGCGAGGAAAACGCGGAGGACUGA